CCUCGACCAGAGAACAUUGAGUAACAAGCGGAAGCGAAGAAAAGUUCGUCGAAGAGCGACAAGUUUUCCACGUACAUUUUCCCGCCAAAUGAGUCAGAAAAAUUUUGCAAGUGCUUGAGACGAAAAGAAAAGACUUGAUAGAAACAAGAAGUGCAAGCAGUGAAUGGAAUAAAAUAUUCCAAGACAUUAUUACAAAUAUUUUAAAAUAUAUAUAAAACGUUUUAUAUAUUUUUAAAAAAAUUAUAAACUAAAAAAAAACCUAAAAAAUAUUUAUAAAACAAAAACCUACAAUGGCCAUUGCCUACUUCAUACCCGACCAGGCCCAAUUGUUGGCCGGAAGCUAUCAGCAAAAUGGCCAGCAAGCCGCCACGAGUCCUAGGACAACUGCAACACCUGCUCCACCACCGCAGCAACCGCAGGCAUCGCAGCAGCAGCAGCAACAUCGUCCCCAAUUCCGAGCCAACAUUUCCGUGCCACUGGGAAGCCAACAGGGAUCGAUGACCAUGUCGGAGUUCGGAUGCUGGGAUCUCCUGGCCCAGAUCUUCUGCUACGCCCUGAGGAUCUACAGCUACAACUCCAGCCAGCGACGACCGACGGUCAUACAAAUAUCUUUCGAGAUCAGCAGCGGCAUUCAGAACAACGACGACGAUGAUGAGACCGAUGCCACCGCCAAGGAAAACUAAAUUUGUUUCAAUUUUUCAUCUGGGUGGAGAGAAAGUACCAGCGACUUUCUGGAAGGGCAGGCUCAAUCAAAGCGCAUUGUGAUUUCUUUUUUGGGUUGGACACACGAGAAUAGGGGAGUUUUGUAAAAAAUGGGAUAUUUCCAUAACAAAAUAAGAAAACUAUUUUUAAACUAUUUUUGAGAAAAAGAGAGGAAAAUUCAAAAUUUGUCAUCGAUUUGCUUAAAGUGAUAUUGAUUGUUUGUUACUUUUUUUGGAUGUCAAAUUUUCCGUUUUCAGUUUGAGGAAAAUGUUUAGAUUUGCAAGCAAGGUUUCCCGGUUGGUUCAGAAAACACUUAUACUUUACAUCAUUUUGAGAGCAGCAAGAGAAAUAUGCGUAAUUAUCAUAAACCUAAUUAGUGUCUAUACAUACGAGUAAAGCCACAAGUAUCGUACUCAACUAAAAACUAAUUGUCAAAUUUUUGCAUUUCAACUACUUACAUAUAUAAAUCCUAAUAAUACAGAACUACAAUACAGAACCAACAAAGAUGCAACCGCAGCAACAAGGACAACAAAGACAACAACUCAAUUGUACAAAAUAGAUUUUAAGCAAACAGCAAAUUUUAUAUGUUUACAAAGGAAAAGAAAGAAAAUGAAAAACAGAAGAUGUCUACAAUCUAGCUACAAAAAAUAGAAUACAGAACCGCCGAACUAAAAAAUAAAAAUUGUAAACCGAAAUGAAACAAAGCAGCACAUUUAAGCAAUUUUGAUACGAAUAAUCAAGAAUAUUACAAGUCGAAAUGUAUUUUACCAUUAUUAUUGAUUUUAGCAAAAUUCAAAAUAUUUUAUUUUCAUUUUUGGCAUUGCAAAUUAAACAAAAAAAAAUAUUUA